GGAAUAAAUAAAAUAAAAACCUGAUCAGUUUGCGAAGCUUUGUUACUUGGCAGUGUGGGGAGAAGAAACGACAUGAGGAAACGCGGAGUAAAGCUUCCAAAGUGGCUGAAGGACUGAAUAAGGUCGGUUCCUCACUCCACAGCACACCAUAGCAUUUGGAAGCACAGUUGCUAUGGCCAAGUGGCUUAAAGACUACCUGAGCUUUGGCAGCAGGAAGGUGCCUCCACAGCCACCCACACCAGACUACACAGAGAGCGAGAUCCUCAAGGCGUACCGCCUCCAGAGGGACCUAGACUUCGAGGAUCCCUAUGACGACUCGGAAAAACGAUUGAGAAGUGAGCCUGGGACUUCUGAGCCCGCCACCCCUGUGUAUGGAUCCCCCAUGAAGUCCUCUAGCCUGGACAUGAAAUCUCCCAAACACAGACUAAUCAAAGUAGACUCACAGGAGCUGGGGCGCACCAAGAUCCUCCUCAGUGCCAUCUCUUUAGAGGACCAGCAAGAGCCUGUGGUGCCAUCUGCUCCGCUGGCAGGGGACACUGAUUAUUCAGACCCAUUUGAUGCUCGAUUGGCCCACCGGACAGAACCAAAUCUUGGGCCUGUUCCAUGUGAGAACAAUGGCUACAUGGAACCAUAUGAGGCUCAGAGGGUCAUAACAGAACUGCAGCGUGGCCCGGCCGGACGGUCGCGCGCUGGAGUGCAGCUCUACGACACCCCCUACGAGGAUCAACAAGGCCAGCGAGCAGGACUGUCGUAUGGAGAACUACAGGAGGAGGGCAAGGAGAGCAGCAGGCUGCCGCAAGAUGACGAGAGGCCAGCGGAUGAGUACGACCAACCAUGGGAGUGGAAGAAGGACCACAUCUCCAAAGCAUUUGCUGCAGUGCAGUUUGAUGGAGCAGAGUGGGACCAUUCCUCAUCUCCCACAGAGCGACUGCGUCCUCCGGGACUCAGGUCCAGCCCGCUGGCAGGAGAUGGGAUGAAGUUCCGAAUGCCACAAGACGGCCACGCCCUGAUGGGGGAGCGAGUGGACCCGACCCUUCCCCUAGCGAAGCAGGUCUGGUACCACGGUUCGCUGUCACGUUGUGAAGCAGAGUCUCUGCUCACGCUGUGUAAAGAAUGCAGCUACCUGGUGAGGAGCAGCCAGAACAACCGCUCUGACUAUUCCCUGUCACUACGGAGCUGCCAGGGCUUCAUGCACAUGAAGUUCACACAGUGUAAAGAUGGUAAAUAUGUUCUAGGACAGAACAGUCCACCCUUUGACACCAUACCAGAGGUCAUCCACUUCUACACCACACACAAACUCCCGAUCCGAGGUGCCGAGCACCUUUCCCUGCUGUUCCCUGUGCUCGUGCAGACACUCUGAUGCAUCGUUUCCACAAAGGCUCGAAAAAGCUCAAGAACAUUUCCACAAAGUUGAGAGCUGAACGUGAUGAUAUCAACUUUCCAGAUGGUUUCUAAAACUGGUCACUCAGAAUUCCCAGUUACUUGGUGUGUCCCAACAUGCCCUGGAUUAUUUCUAUUGCACUGUAUUGACAGUAAAGAGCUGUUUGUUGUUGAUGAGCCGCUGCAUUGUACUGGACGUGUUUACUGUGCAGCAGCAUACUGAUAUGCUGCUGAUCGUUGCUGCAUGUACUUUUGAACAUGUUAUCGUGAUUUCCUGCAGACCAGCAACGCACUUUUUGCAGCAGAGAUAUGCCGCCGUGCAGUUUUUAGUGUUGGAACAGCGGUUUGCAUUUGUCUUCCAUGCAAAUGGACAUGUCUGACAUGAAUACAACUCCCGGACCUGCAUCGUUGCACUGCAAUCACACAUUUACAUUUUGUUAAAAGGAUUUUCAACAUGCAAUGCCAGUGCCCUGUUCUUGCUGGACUGGACCAUUUUUCAUGAAUCACCACCAUCACCACUUUUGCUGUGCAUGUGCCAAAUGCCCAUAACGUCAGUUUACAUUAAAUUUAACACCGGAACUUGAACACAUCUUUGCAGUAACUCCUCUCUCGUGCUCUCUCUAGCUCAUCUCCAUCCUGAAUCAAGCUGGCUGACUCCAGGGCAUCGAAAAAAUUUCGACUUCAUGUAAUUUCUUUCACAGCUCAUUGAAAUGCAUCUGAUUGAACAUUUAUAUAUUCUGAAAGUGGCUCCCGUUUACUGAAGAUUCGUGAAAGACUAUUAAAAUGCUGCUAUUCUUGUAUUGCAUUCAUCAGAUGAAAAUGUAGUUAAACCUAGUUUGCUGAUUUUUUUUUUCAGUAUAUGAAAUACAGCAAGUGGGAGACUUUCACAUCAUCACCUCUGGAUAAUGAAGCGAGGGUUUGAUUUCCUAUAAAGCCUCUGUUACACGGGUUUGCAGGGAGAGCUGAGGGUUGAAGUGUCCCUGAACAAAAACAGUCAAAUUGCCCAGUUUUUGGGCACAUCUCCCCCAUGAGAAAUAAUUUCUGAAAAAAGAGAUAGGCCAUAUAAAAGAAACUGUUGACAUGACUAAUGUUAUCAUAUGUGGUCACGUUAGUGCUUACCAUUAGCAUAUGUGAACACACGUUAGCAGUUACUGUUAAGAUGUUCUUUUGAUGCAUCCAAAUGGUUUGCAUCAGUUGCAGUUAGCAUCAUAGCAUAUGCUAAUGCUAACUAAUUUGUCACUGAGACAAAGAAACAUAAAUUAAAUUGUACUGUUCCAGUCAAAAGGAAACCUUUCUUAACAUCCAGCUCAGGAAGCCCCUUAAUAAAUCGGAAAACAUAGUAUAUGUUUGUGGGAACUCAUGGUUUCCAGUCUAAACAUAGUAGGAUUUUGGGUCACAACUAAAAAUGGUGCAUGUCUGUUUCGUGACGUAAACACUUUCUCACAUGCAAGUAACGGCCUCAUAUCUAGAUGCCCAGUCCAUAAUAAUAGCAGUAUAAACAAUGUGACAAAUGCGUUUUUUGCAAGUGGCAACACUCAAGCUCUCAUUUUGACCCCAACCAGGAAGUGAAGUUCUUUGAGUGGCUGCUUGAGGCUGGCUCCAAAACAUAGCUCAUUCCCAUAUAAACCCAUCUUAAACUAUCCAAAUUUAGAGUACAAAUAAACAUGUGUACAGCUUGGUCAAAAAACAAAAAAACAAAAACAAAACAAAAUGGUUUUAGUCUCUAUAGAUACUUUCCUCCUCUAUGACAACUGUAGAAUGGGUGAUUUUUUUUUUUCUAAGUUCUUAGUUUAAGAUGUUCAAUUAAUAAAAUUCUAUAUAAUUGUGUGCGUGGUUGAUUUGAGUGACAGAGCCUAUGUCCAUAGGGGACUCCUCUUGUAGUCUCUGACCAAAAUGGAGCCCUUGCUUUUGUCUCUGUUUGGAGUAUUUUAUUACAAACACCUGGAAUAAUACGUCUUGUUGUAUGGUAAAACACCCUAACGCAUCAUCUAAGACGUCCCUGUUGCAAUAUUCAUGCUGAGUGAAACUUUCGUCUUAUUUAAUAUUGUAUGCUAAUGGUGUUAGUGCUUUUAGCAGCUGU